AUGACUGAUACUACAAUGACUGAUAACCAUUCGAUUUAUCAGAAUAAUGAUACUAACGACAAUUCAAACGUAACUGAUAAUAGCGACGAAAAAAUGAAUGGCUCCGAAAAUGGAUCAGAAGAUAAAACACAACAAUCUUAUGACAAACUGCACGAUACGCCAAGUCAUGUUACUAAUGGUGUUAAGCGACAGAAAAACCGAUUUUGCUCAUCAUCAAUGAAUCAGCUCGGGGGUGAAUUUAUUAAUGGUCGACCAUUACCAACUGAUACACGUGAACGAAUAGUUGCAUUAGCUGAAAAUGGUGUACGCCCAUGUGAAAUAAGCCGUCAACUUCAAGUGUCACAUGGUUGUGUUAGUAAAAUAUUAAAAAGAUAUCGACUAUUUGGUACAACUCAUCCUGGUUUAAUUGGCGGUUCGAAGCCGAAAGUAGCAACACCUGAUGUCGUCCGACGUAUACGUGAAUACAAAGGAAAUAAUCCUCAAAUAUUUGCUUGGCAAAUUCGUGAAAGUCUUCAAAAAGAAGGCAUAUGCCCAGCAGAUAAACUUCCAAGUGUAUCGUCAAUAAAUCGAAUUGUUCGUAGUAACCGACGGAUCGUUUUUAAUAAUGACGGCAGUAUCACAGAACUUGAUUCCGAUUUCGAUUCACGCGAUGGAAGCGAUAAUGAGAAUGAAAAUUUAAUUAAAUGUGAAACAAAUCAUGUUUCAUCAUCGUCAUCGCCGUCGUCUGUUAGUUCAUCGUCGCCUCGUUCGACUAAUAUUCGUCAUCGUGGUGAUUGUCGUUGUGACGCUUGUAUAAAGAAAUAUAAAUUUGCGCCAUCAUUAAAUAGUCUAGCGAAAAAUCCAUCGAAUAAAUCAACAAUAUCGGAUAAUGGGGAUAUUCAAAUAAAUGAACAUGACUCGAACAGUAUUUCCAAUGAUGAUGUCACUAAACAAAUAAUAACAAUAGCAUCACCACCGCCACCUGCAAAACAUUGUGCUCUAAAUGCUCCAGCAAUAAUCGAUGAUAUUAAACCAUUAGAUCUUUCGAUAUCGUCCGUAGUUCAAACACCCAAACAACAAACUGAACAACCAUUAAAUCUCUGUUCGAAACGUAAACGACAACAGCCCGUUAGUUUAUCGGCGGCGAAACGAAAUAAUAGCUCAUCAUCAUCAUCGGCAACGACGACAGUGACAAAUUCAACAACGGCUACAGCCGCCGCCGCCGCUGCAGCGGCAGCAGCAUCGUCUAUGUUUAUUCCAUUCUAUGCUAUUUCACCAUUUUUUGAUCCUACAACAACAAAUCAACAAGAAAUGUUUCAACAAUUUCAAGCAUUUUAUUUACAAUUACAACAACAACAACAGAAACUAGCGAAUGAAACGACUAGAAAUAAUGAAUGA